AUGCCCCCAACCUUUGGAUGGGAUCACUUCCCUCUGGCCUCCGACAAACGACAUCAUACACACACAACUGACUUCGUCACCCAACAAGACGCCCUCCACACACGGACAAACCUCACCGCCGCCGAACGCGCCCGGCGCAACCUGAAUGCCAAACUCGCAAACCCGCUCGCUGGUUUCACGCACGACGAACUGAAAAAAGAGGGUCUUAGGUUCAGCAUCACGCACCAAGUCGGCGAUGAAGAAGAUAUUCGCGCGUUCGAGAUGGGCGCCGUAUUGGCGCAGGCACCCGAGAAGUUCGAGGAGAUUGAAGGGUUGACGGAGGAUGAGUUGCGGGUGUUGAGGCAUGAGUUUACGAAUAGGUGGUCUCAGCCGCCGUUGAUGUACGUUGUGAUUGGGAUUUGCUCUAUAUGCGCCGCUGUGCAGGGAAUGGAUGAAACUGUGGUCAAUGGCGCCCAAGUCCUCUACAAAAGCCAAUUCGGCAUCGACGGCAACGACCCUCGCUCUACAUGGCUACUCGGUCUUUUGAAUGCUGCUCCUUAUCUCUGCUGCGCCAUCGCAGGUUGCUGGCUCACAAUCCCCUUUAACCACUGGUUCGGCCGCCGCGGCACAAUCUUCAUUACCUGCGUCAUUUCGUCUCUGGCAUGUAUAUGGCAAGGUUUCGUAAAUACCUGGUGGCACAUGUUCGUCGCCCGAUUUGUGCUCGGGUUCGGCAUCGGACCCAAAUCAGCCACUGUGCCCAUUUACGCAGCUGAAACGAGUCCACCAGCCAUUAGAGGCGCGCUGGUUAUGCAAUGGCAGAUGUGGACUGCGUUCGGAAUCAUGUUUGGCUACGCUGCUGAUCUGGCCUUUUUCCAAGUGCCUGAUCCGCCACAUAUCUGUGGCUUUAACUGGAGGCUCAUGAUGGGUUCGGCGUGUAUACCGGCCAUCUUGGUUUGUUUGCUGGUAUUUGUAUGCCCCGAAUCGCCGAGAUGGUAUAUGAGUAAAGGACGGUACGACAAGGCGUAUCAGACUAUGUGUCGACUGCGGUAUUCAAAGCUGCAGGCUGCCAGAGACGUGUUUUACAUUUAUACACUGCUGGAGGCAGAGACGAGUAUGCGGCUGGGGCAGAAUAAGGUGCUCGAGAUGAUCACCGUGCCACGCAAUCGUCGUGCAUUGCUUGCAUCUGAAAUCGUCAUGUUUCUGCAACAGUUCUGCGGCGUCAACGUAAUAGCCUACUACUCCUCACAAAUCUUCCUCGAAGCAAAUUUCUCCCCCAUCUCCGCCUUCGGCGCCUCCCUAGGCUGGGGCGUCGUAAACUGGCUUUUUGCGAUUCCAGCCGUCUACACAAUCGACACUUUCGGCCGUCGCAAUCUAUUACUUUGCACUUUCCCCAUGAUGGCUAUAUCCAUGUUCUUCACGGGCUUCAGCUUCUAUAUCCCCGAAACGCACCAUACAGCUCGAAUAGGAUGUAUCGCGUUAGGGAUCUUCCUGUUUGGCGUUGUAUAUUCACCCGGCGAAGGACCCGUGCCGUUUACAUACUCCGCGGAAGCAUAUCCGCUAUAUGUCAGGUCAUACGGCAUGUCGCUGGCGACAGCGACGACGUGGUUCUUCAAUUUUAUAUUAGCCAUGACAUGGCCCUCUCUAUCAUCCAGCUUCACGACCGCAGGCGGCUUCGCGUGGUACGGCGCCUGGAACGUCGUGGGCUGGUGGCUCAUUCUAAUGUUUAUGCCUGAGACAAAGGGCAAGACACUUGAAGAAUUAGAUCAGGUGUUUUCCGUGCCGACGCGCUUUCAUGCUGCCUGGGGAUUGAGGCAGAUCCCCUAUGUGAUUCGGAGGUAUGUGUUUAGACAAAAGGGUUUGAAGCCUGAGGUGCUGUAUGAGAUGGAAGAUAAUGGGGUGGGGGGGUCGCAACAUGUUGGGUAUAGGGAAUUGGGGUUGAUAUAA